GACGCAGAUCUGAGGAAGUGGGGGGCAGGCCGCGCCCUGAGCCCGAGCCCAGGGUCCCGGCCGUAGUCGGCCAAGCCCGAAGCGUGGGCGGGAGCCAGGGGGAGAUCAUCACCGGAGUCGACAGCGAAGCCGGACUCCACGCGCCCCUCUGCGCCCCAGCCCGGUGGCCGAGCCCCUGCGCGGUGAAGCGGGCUCGGCACCGCUCCCACCGGGUCGGGGCGGCGAUCGGACGGGACGGACGGCGGCGGACGAGACGCCUUGGACCAGACCCGGAGCCGGACCGUAGCGCUUCUUCGGGCUCGGAGAGCUGGGCUGCGGGACGGUCGCCGGGCCGCCCCUAACGCCGGGCGCCCCCUGCAGACCAGAGAGACAGCCCUUCCCAGGUUCUGUCUGUCCACGGGCGCGACAGGGCGCGACAGCCAUCAUGCCUUCACCUCCGCUCGGCUCGCCAGGCUCCCCGCUCCGGGACCACGCCUGAACCUGCAGCGCGAUGGCUGCGCGCAAGACGUGUGACAGGGGCCGUGUGGCCUCCACCCUGUGCUACUGCAUGACGGUCAGCGGCAUGGUGGUUCUGGUGGCCGGGACACUCUGCUUCGCCUGGUGGAGUGAAGAAGAUGCAGGUGCCCAGCCCAGCCAGCCGGCUCUGCUCACAGGACGCCCUGAGCCUGAGGCCCCUGGUCCCCUGUUCAGGUCGGUCAGCUUCUUCUGCUGCGGUGCAGGUGGCCUGCUGCUACUCUUCAGCCUGCUGUGGUCUGUCAAGGCCAGCAUCAAGGGGCCGCCUCGAUGGGACCCAUAUCGCCUCUCCAGAGAUCUGUACUACCUCACUGUGGAGCCCUUGGAGAAGGAAAGCUGCAGGACCCCAGAGGUGGUUGCCGUCCCCACUUACGAGGAAGCCGUGCACUGCCGACUGGCUGAGGGGCCCCUGACACCACCUGCAUGCCCCGUGGAGGAAGACCCGGAGCGCAGUGCCUCGGGGGAUGCCCUGCUUGGGGCCCAGCCCCCCUUGCCUCCGCCCAGCUACGAGAGCCUCAUCCUCUCUGACGGUGGCAUCUCUGGAGAGACAACACCUGGGGCUGCAUGCUCCCGCCCAGGCCCGGUUCAGACUGCAGGGGAGGAAGUUAAAUGCUUCUAGCAGGCCUGGAAGCCAGAAACAAAUGAUGGGCUUCUUCUAGCGUCCAGUACAGUGCCUGGUACACAGAAGGCACUCAACAACUGUUUGUUGCUGAAUGCUGUUUUAUGUUUCUAUUGCCCUGUA